AUGCGUGUCCCCAUUUUUGAGUGUCUCCCUUCGAGAUGCGCAGUGGGUGCCAUCCUUCUUGGUGUCUCCAAUCUGUCACAUCUCGUCAAUGCCCAAGUCAGCAAUUCUACUGGCGGGCAGACAGUUGCCAACACAAUUUUGGUCUUUGCACGCGACCAAGCAUCAUCCUAUUCAGCUACGUCAGGUCUCAAUGGCUACGGGAUUCCUUUUCAGCUGCAGCUAGUGCCACAGGCUGGCAUAACACUUCCGACGCUCAACUCGUCCGCAACUCAAGGAAACUAUGGUGGCAUUAUCAUCCUCAGUGAGGUAUCUUACGACUACGGCAACAGCGGUUGGGCCAGUGCUCUGACCGCUGCCCAAUUCGCGACACUGUACGCCUAUCAGGAAAGCUUCGGUGUGAGAAUGGUCCGUAUCGAUGUUUAUCCUGGACCUUCCUUUGAUGUUGUGCCUACAAUUGCCGGUGCCGGAUGCUGUGGCUCUGGUGUUGAGCAACUCCUGAGCUUCACCAACACAAGUGCCUUUCCUACAGCCAAUCUUGUCGAAGGUGCUACCAUCAGCACUCAAGGGAUCUGGCACUACCCUGCAACUAUCACCAACCCAAACACAACCUGGGAAGUCGCAGGUCUUGCACCCAGCUCUGAUGGCACAUUCACCGGCACUAGCUCGGCAGCUGUGAUUCAUCGGGACGGAACACGUCUGGAGAUGGUCUGGUUUUCAAGCUGGGCUACAAACUGGGCGUUGACAUCCAACUACCUCCAGCACGCCUACAUUGCCUGGCUCACUCGUGGUCUGACUGUUGGAUAUCGUCGCAUACAUCUGAGCACCCAAGUCGACGAUGUGAUGUUGAACACAGCUCUUUACCAGCCCGCAAACGCGUUGUUCAGACUAAGAGCGGCAGAUCUUCAAAACAUCGCAAACUGGAUGCCUCAACUCAAUUCAAGACUUCCUGCUGGCUCAAACUACUUUAUGGAGCUUGGUCACAAUGGAAAUGGAAACAUUGUUGCCGGAAUUACGUUCGAAAACACAACCACGUGUCAGCCUGAUCCUGCCAUCAUCUACACUGGGCCUAUGGACACGACUCCCUUGGAGUUCCAGAAGCCACUCGGUACUGGUAGUGACAUAUGGCCUACUACACCCACAACAUAUCGUUGGUCCAAAGCGUGUUCUUUGAUUGACCCUCUGUAUAAGUGGUUAUCUACCCCAGCGAAUUUGAACGCCUUCGCACAUGUCUCACACACCUUCACACACGAAUCAUUGAACAAUGCAACUUUCAACGACACCUACAAAGAGAUUACCUUCAACCAGGCCUGGGCGAAUGUCACUGGAAUCAACCAAGCUGCAAGGUGGUCGGCGAAUGGUCUCAUUCCUCCUGCUAUUACUGGAAUGCACAAUGGUGAUGCAAUCAGAGCAUGGAUGACAAACGGCAUAACAUCCGCGGUUGGUGAUAACACUCGAGCCGUACUGAUGAACCAAGUAAACGAGUUUUGGCCAUUGAUCAGUACAGUCGCCAGCAAUGGAUACGAUGGGCUUGAAAUCAUUCCACGUUGGGCAACAACAAUUUUCUUCAACUGUGACCUGCCUGAUUGUACUACAGCAGAAUGGGUCAACACUUCUGGAGGCAAAGGUGGUUUCACUCAACUCCUCAACGAUGCGCGUACGACCAACGUCCGCCAUUUGCUGGGGCUUCACCAUGAUCCUUUCAUGUUCCAUCAGUCCAAUCUUCGUAAUGCAGAUGUCAACACCACCACUAUCGGUUCGGUCACUGGACAGUUUGCGCUCAUCCAAAUCUGGGUUGAAGUCGUGACCCAAGAAAUGGCACGCUUGACCAACUGGCCCAUCAUUUCUCUCAAGCAUGACGAUAUAGCCAUCGAUUUCACCAACCGCAUGACUCGCGAUCAGUGCAACCCCAACCUGACUUACAAGUACGCUCCUGAUGGCAAGACGAUCCUGUCUGUCACUGUUACCGCGAACGGGAAUACUUGUGCCGCUCCCAUUCCUGUGACACUUCCGGUCGGUGCUACAAGCAAUUCCCCUGGUCUUGUUAGAGAGACGAUUGGAUCUGAGCCUCUGGUUAUCUGGGUGCCGUUGACUGGAAGUCCUGUCACGUUGCAGCUAUCGUCGCCAGUAUCAGUCGCCUAG